AAGAGUGAAAUGUUACACGAAUAGAAAGCCUUGCUUAUUAGAAAGCCCACUGGACUAUAGUGUAAGCCCAUAUGGAUACUUCACUUUUAAACAAAGCAAUAACCAAAACAGUUUCAUUAUCUCAGAGAGCUCAAAGGAAGAAGAAAGGUCGCGAAGAAGAUGAUGCACAUGACCUUCUACUGGGGCAUCAAAGCCACAAUCCUCUUCGAUUUCUGGAAAACCGAUUCAUGGCUAAGUUACAUCCUCACCUUACUCGCCUGCUUCGCCUUCGCCGCGUUCUACCAGUACCUCGAGAAACGCCGCAUCCAAUUCAAAUCCCUUUCAUCCACUCGCCAUCCUAAUCCCCCGCCUCGCGCCGGCGUUUCCGCCCCUCUUAUCCCCAAAUCGGGCACCAGAUCCGCCGCCAAAGCUGCGUCGGUGCUGCUUUUCGGCGUCAACGCGGCGAUCGGUUACUUGCUGAUGCUCGCGGCGAUGUCCUUCAACGGAGGCGUUUUCAUCGCGAUCGUCGUCGGGUUAACCGUCGGGUACCUCGUUUUCAGAUCUGACGACGACGGUGCUGACGUGGCGGCUGAGAAUCCUUGCGCUUGUGCUUGAUUUCGGAUGAUUCGGUUUAUGUUUGUUGUGUUUGAUCUAUGCCACGUGUUUUUUAUUUCUGUAUAUUUUUUUAAUGAUGAUCUGAAUGCGUUUCUGGGUUUAAUGAUGUGUAUGAACUUAAUGAUGUGUAAGAUUAUCCCGUUUUAAUCGCAUGAUUGAGCUAUAUAUAUAUUCUCCAGAUUUAAUA